AUGUCGGAGGCAAUAAUAGGAGGCAAAUUCACUUGGUUUAAUAGUAAUGGCAAAGCUAUGAGUCGGAUUGAUAGAUUCCUUCUAUCGGAAGAUUUUAUAGAAGAUUGGAAGGUGGAAGGACAAAUUAUUGGAGAAAGGGGCAUUUCCGAUCAUGCUUCGAUUUGGUUGAAAGUUAAUAGAAAGAAUUGGGGACCUAAACUUUUUGAAUUCAACAACUCUUGGUUCAAUCAUGAAGAUUUCUCCUCUUUUCUGAAGAAGAAGUUGGCAACCAUAAGUAAAAAGGGGAGAGGUGAUUUUUGCUUGGUAGAGAAGUUGAAAGUUCUUAAGGAGAGGAUAUCUUCGUGGAACAAAGAGGUUUAUGGUUGGAUCGACCUUAACAUUGAGAAAGUCGGGGAGGAGAUGCAACUUUUAGAUAACUUGUUUGUUCAUUUUGCGGGUAAUGUUCCGGAGGAGGUGGUUUUGAAGAGAUCUAAGGCGAUGGCGGAUUUUUGGGUUAAUCUUAACAAAAAGGAAAGUAUUCUCCGGCUUAAAUCUAGACAACUUUGGUUAUCUGAAGGAGAUGAUUUCUUUAAGGAGGAAGUUGGUUGUAGGCCGGAGCCUUAUGGAAUUAGUCUGAAUUCUUUGCUGCCGAAUGAAUCAAUGGAGAUGGAGAGGCCGUUUUCGAAGGAAGAAGUUAAGGAGGCUAUUUAG